ACGGGUCUGGCCUCAGCCGCGCCGAUGCGGGUGCCGUUGGUCCAGACGAGAGCUGCGUGAGUGCGGAUUAACACACCCCCGCCAAGAGGAUGCUACUCGGAGGUCCACCGUUAAAUGAUUCAUCAAGCUGAGACUCAUGAGUUGACCAUGCUUCUGGCCAUCCAGUCCCAGUUGCUGUUGGUCAUUUUUAAGUUUUACUCGUCUUCAGCAAAUCGGACAACUACCGAGAACGUAAACAAAUUCGGAUUCUAUCGAACCAACCCUCAUAAAAACAUAUCGGACCUGUUAGACAACCUACUGGCUGGAUACGACAACAAUAUCAGGCCUGGUUUCGGUGGACCACCGGCAGAAAUCGAAGUCAACUUCAACGUUCGAAGCAUGGGACCAAUUUCAGAAAUCGACAUGACCUAUUCGAUGGACUGCUACUUCCGACAGCAGUGGAUCGAUCCCCGUCUGACGUUCCACGGCAACAAGGAAACCCUCGCCUUGAGCAUUUCCAUGCUCGAAAAAAUAUGGAAACCCGACACGUAUUUUUACAACGGCAAACAAUCCUACUUGCACACCAUUACCACGCCAAACAAGUUCGUCCGCCUUUUCCAAAAUGGCACCGUCCUCUACUCGUCCAGGUUGACAAUCAAAGCUGCCUGCCCAAUGAAUCUACAAAAUUUUCCAAUGGAUAUUCAAAGAUGCCCUCUAAAAUUUGGAAGCUUUGGAUAUACGAUCAGAGAUGUUAGGUAUCGAUGGAAAAGAGGCCGACAAGUAGACACAGCUGACGAUAUGAAGCUGUCACAAUUCGACCUUGUAGCUACACCUGCGAGGAAUCAAACGGAUUUUCUCAAAUCAGGUAUUAAACUUUGUAUUAUGACAAUGUUAACAAUGACUUUUUUGGGUCUGGAGGCGAGGACAGACCUACCUAAAGUUCCUUAUCCGACUGCGUUAGAUUUUUUCGUCUUCAUGUCUUUCGGUUUUAUCUUCGCUACAAUAAUUCAGUUUGCUGUUGUACACUAUUUCACUAAAUACGGCUCAGGUGAAUGUUACUUUGGCCAAGAUAUGAUGUCAGAUUCGUCAAGUUCCGAUGAAGAAGACGCAAAAUCCAUCGACCAAAAAUCACCAACCACUAGGCCUUCAAGUCACCAGCAGUCCUGUUAUCAAAGUGCAUCUUAUUCAGUUAGCAGUUAUGACUCUAGAUAUUUUGAGGUGAUUCCAUUAUCUGAAUGCACCGUGCCAAGUAUAAGAAGUCUAAGCAAAUCGGGCUCAACUCAGAGUGCCUGUUGUGGACUAAAGCCACAACCCCGAAAAAAGAGCCUGGACGAGGUGACGGUCUACUCGUCGAGCUCGAGCCGGUACCGCGGGAACUCGAGCGACCAGAGCCUGCGGAACCUGGAGCGGAACGAGUCGCGGCACAAGAAGCGGCGCCACACCCCGCGCUUCAACUCCGUCUCCAAGAUCGACCGCAUCUCCCGGGUCGUCUUCCCCAUCUGCUUCCUCAUCAUCAACAUCAUCUACUGGUACCUCUACCUGUACCGAAGCGAGCGCAUCGCCCCCGCCGACAGUUAACGGCCCCCAUGAAAUGUGCUGUGUUUGCUGCCCAUGCCCACGUUGUAGAGGAUAUUUUUGGCGGCUGUGUUGGUCCAUGCUAGACUCGAAAAAUAUUAUCACAACCCCUCCCAUACAGAGAAAAAUAGAUGGUGCUGACGACAGAA